UUGCUCGGAUUGAACGUAUGGAAAGACGGAUGCAGCUGGUAAAGAAGGAUAACGAGAAAGAAAGGCACAAGCUGUUUCAGGGCUAUGAAACUGAAGAAAGAGAGGAAACAGAGCUCUCUGAGAAAAUUAAACUGGAGUGCCAGCCGGAGCUCUCCGAGACAGCCCAGCCUCUGGCCCCUAAGCCGUUCUCAUGCGGGCGGAGUGGAAAGGGACACAAAAGGUGUGCCGAUAACGCGGUUGUGCUGUGUGGACGUGAGGAGGAGCCUUGUUACCGCAGACCAGGGGAAAACCCCAUUUGGAAAUACAGAAAGAAAGACUCCUAUUAAAAAGCUGGCUCCUGAAUUUUCAAAAGUCAAAACAAAAACUCCCAAGCACUCUCCUGUUAAAGAGGAACCCUGUGGUUCCUUGUCUGAAACUAUUUGUAGACGUGAAUUGAGGAGCCAAGAAACCCCAGAAAAGGCCCGGGCUUCCGUGGACACCCCACCGAGACUCUCCACUCCCCAGAAGGGACCCAGCGCCCAUCCCAAGGAGAAAACCUUCGCCAGUGAGACCGAAGACCUGCCAUACCUUUCCACCACAGAAAUGUAUUUGUGUCGUUGGCACCAGCCUCCCCCGUCACCGUUACCAUUACGGGAAUCCUCUCCAAAGAAGGAGGAGACUGUAGCAAGGUGUCUGAUGCCAUCAAGUGUUGCAGGAGAAACUUCAGUCUUGGCUGUUCCUUCUUGGAGGGACCACUCAGUAGAACCUCUAAGGGACCCAAAUCCUUCAGACCUUUUGGAGAACCUGGAUGACAGUGUGUUCUCGAAGCGGCACGCAAAGCUAGAGCUGGAUGAGAAGAGAAGGAAAAGGUGGGAUAUUCAGAGGAUCAGGGAACAAAGAAUUUUACAACGACUACAGCUCAGAAUGUAUAAAAAGAAAGGAAUUCAGGAAUCUGAGCCUGAGGUUACCUCAUUUUUCCCUGAGCCAGAUGAUGUUGAAAGUCUGAUGAUCACCCCCUUCUUGCCUGUGGUAGCGUUUGGACGGCCGUUGCCAAAAUUAACUCCAAGGAAUUUUGAGCUGCCCUGGUUGGAUGAGCGUAGCCGUUGCAGGUUGGAGAUCCAGAAGAAGCAAACCCCUCACCGGACAUGCAGGAAAUAGCUGCGCUGCAAGAACCCUGUGUCUUCAGAUAGUUGUAGCGUGCCACUCCCAGAGUGGCAGAGACCUGUGUGUGUGACCUGGGUGCUCACGUAUGUUACCGUUCACUGAUGGUGCCCACCAGUACUCCUUGAUUUGUUUUGUUUUCACAAAAACUCUUUCAUUGGGCUAACUGUGAAUUAUGGAGGGGAUGGGGGCUUCUUUUCCCUUUUUGGGGAAGUGAGCUCAAGCUAAAUCUGUCGGGGGUCAGAGUGGGAAGUUUCAAGGUGCACGUCUAUGCAUUUGCCUAUGUCAUAGGGGUACGGCGCCCUUCCUGAGAUGCAGGGAAGAUAACAGACCUGCACAAAGCAGCUGUGGCUGCCCGGCAUCUCACUCCAUAUAGUUGGGGUGUAGUGGGUUUGACCCUAAAAUAAAACAAAAAACUCACCAUGAGCAUUAGGACCAGAUGAAAACAAACUAAUGAAGUGAUGAACAGGUUGUCUUUUCAGAGUAGGAAGGAGACCCAAGAUUCAGUGAACAAAUCUGAAAAGAGCUGUUCUCCUGACGCUGUUUGGAGACAUUGCCAGGCGGGGAAGGGUGUUGAUUGUUUUCUUAGUUAACAAGUAACUGUUCUUCCCUGAUUCCUUGGAAAAUAAACGGGAUGUUAGUUUCAGAGUCUGCAACCCUAAAGAAGCAGUUGUCAUUUGGGGAUGGGGUGCUGGACCUGUGCAGAUGUCCUUGUCACGUCCCUUCUCAGGUGUUCCUUAGCUGGGCUUUAUCUUGUACUGAUUCUUGGUAGGGUGGAGGUUGGGCCGGGUGGGGGAGAAGAAAUGCCUGCUUCCUGUAGUUGGCAAGUGUCUGCAUCUUUAAACAACUGUACCUGAUGAGCUUCUCCAUUCACUUUGUAAAAAUAGAUUUGUAAGUGUAUCAUCUUGGUCCCCUCUCUUGUCCCUGUUUUGUUAAAAAAAAUAAUAAUAAUAAUAAAAAAAAUGCAGGACAGCACUCCCAGGCCACUCUGGUCUCAGUGUAAGAUCCCAGUUAACUAUCUGGAAGGAAAAUAGAGCCAAGACCUCUGGUCUGACCUAUAUAGGAAUUGCCUUUCGUUAGUUUUCAGGGCUAUUGUGUGAAAACAAGUAGGAGUCUAACCUCCUAGAAGGUAGGGGCUUUUAUCCUUGAAGAUGUCCCCAGAUUAUUAGCACUUUUAGAGGAGAAGCCAAGGUAUGUAGGGUGUGUGGCCGGCCCGUCGGGGAGCGUGAGAGCGGGUACCAUUGCGGGAAGAGAAAUGGCAAGAAAAGGUGCUCAGGGGCCCCCACCGCCAAGCUUUCUGUGAGCUGUUGCUCUGUGCUCCCUCGGUUUGACUUUGAAAAGAAUUACUGCGGCAGCACGUGUAGUAUUCUCGGAUGAUCUUGCUGCUCUUAUUUCUCCUGUGUGUGCGUGCAUGUGUGUGUGUGCGUGUGUGUGCGCGCGCGUGAGUGUGGCUACGGGUUUUCAUUUGUAACUCCAUCUGCUUAGGAGAGGGGCUCUGAAAAGGAACCUGCUGUACACUGCAUUGCAGCAAGGACAUAGAAAUAGGACUUAUUCCACUCGGGGCUCUCAUCUCACACCUUAAGGACAAGAUUUCUACAAAAACUGGGCCAGGUUUUCUUUGUUCUCCGUUAUUUUAACGUGGCACGCUGUUUCAUGUUCCUACGCUGGCCUACAUUAUGUUCCUUUAUAACGUGCCCCCAAAAGAAAAAGCCCCAAUCCUGCUCAGUUUCUUCCUGACUUGAGUCUUUGUCAAGUUCCUGAUUUCGGGUGUGGCUAGCACAUUUUACCUUCAUGUUUUUGCCCUACACAAGGGACUCCUCAGACACUGAACUUAAUGUAGACUGAGAGGACUCCAUGAGGUGCUAUCUGGCCAGACGUAGGUGGGUUCUUUUCCCCUGUUCUCCCUUUCAUAAGGGCCUCUUGCGUUAUUGCCCCCUUCCAGAUCAGCUCUCCUUUGAUUUGGGUAUGUUGUGGUUUGUUGAGAAGGAGGUCGGCGCAAAGUUCCAAGAGUUGAAAUUACAGUGUGUUACAGCGUGGGGGGAAAAUUAGUCUUAUUUUUCCCUACGUGGGCUACAACACUGUGAAAUUCAAUCUGCAGCCGAAGGCCCUGAAGUUCUAAAACAUAGCUCUUUUCUUUCUUUAACGAAGUUUAAGCUAGCGUUAAUAAAUUAAAGAGAAAUUGCUUGUCUCUCCACUUCAGCUUUGUUUUAUGCCCAUUUCAUAUUGUUGUCUGUGUUGUAAUUCAUACUUUUGAUACCAUUUCUGAUAUGUAAAAUUGGUUGUCUUGUAAAUAUCUUAUAAAGAGUUCAAUUGUAAAUAAACUAUUGUGGCUGUUAAUUUUUGAA